CCGCAUUAUGUCACCACGUCGAGACCGCUGCAGCCAGCGGCAAAGCUUUCCGUCUUAUGUAAUAUAACAUCCUCCCUCUCCUUAUCCCAUCAUCGCCAGAUAAUACCACUACAAAAUGAAAAGACAAGAACCUACCCCGUACUAAUACCGCACCUCGAGUCUUUGUUGUUUCUGUUUUUGGCCCUCUCGCUCUCGCUCCCUCGCUCGCUCUCAGCCCGCGGCGGAUAGCCACGACGAGAAAACUCGGGACUCGUCAUUCCCUCAAAGGAUUCACUCCCUCAUUUGACUCUCCUCGCAUUCUCUCGGCCUGGUUCGCGCGGCGGCCUUGUGGCGCCAGAACACCGUCGCCCGCCCAAUCAUCCCACCUCCAACCGACCCGUCGCUCACUCGCCCACCCACCUUACCCUCUUCUGCUGCCCAACGGACGCUCGCUUGACUAGACGUCAUGUUUUGUCUGCGAAGUUGGCUUCCCCUGCUCUUCAUCCCGACGAACGCGUCGCCUGCCUUCAUCUUCCUCUUCUUCGUCUGCACCUACUUCCUCAACCGGCCCUGCGUCUACUGCUCCGUCCUGCUGCUCAUCCUCUUCGUCACCUCGUGCCACUGGUCCGACCGCUGCUUCUUCGACUUCAGCAGCAACUGGUUCUCCCCGCGACCCGCUACGCCCUUCUGCCCAGCCGACGAGACCGCCGCCGCCGCCGAUAGCUUCAAUGCGACCGCCGCCGAGAUGCUGAACGGCACUGCCCGCGCCCUGGCCAGCGCCGCCGCCGAGGAGCUCGCCAAGCGCAGGGAGGAGUGGACCGGCCUCGGUGUCGAGUGGCUGCGCAGCCUGCUCGGUCGCAGGGAGUGGAGAAUCGAGUGUAUGGACCUGUAUAUACGACUAUAGUCUUGGAGUCCGGCACGGCCCUCGAUUUCGACGAGAUUGUAUAAAAGGGAAAUGAGUAAAAGGUGCGAGACGGUACGGCAUGGCACUGGCGUUGAUCGGAUCCCUUUUUUCCCCUUCCGGCCGUUGCGGCCUCGUUUCUUUUGGGACUUGGACACGUGGCCAACUUCGCUCUAGAGAUAUAAAUGUCAGCAUUAAGGGGGCCAGCACGGUAGCGUUCGUUGUGGGCGGCUUUCAGGGCCCGAUAUUCAUGUGCGCACGUUGGCGAGAGCCAGCCGAGAACUUGAACACUACUUAUCUUCCACGAGAAAAAACAUGCAAACAGUCGCCUCCUAUUCUGUAGUAGGAGGCUGUGUGUCCUUUCGGCUGCAGACGAUGACAGGUGCUAGAUGCAGACUCCACCGUUCCCCGCCGCCACUCGAGCGUCCACAGGAAACGAACGCACAGUCGCCUGUCGAGGAAUAGCCAAGAUCUAUACAGGAGAACUACCAGACGACAAUUUUCGUAGCACAUAUGACACGCUCGUGAUAUAUAUAUAUAUAUAUACAUAUAUUAUAUUAGUUCACGUCCACUAUGUCGACGUUUGCCCCCUAUCGGGGUGUGGUG